UUUUCAGCUGUUUUACACGAAAAUUCAAAACACAUUUUCUCAAAUUGAGAAAAUUAUCAAAAAAAUCGCUAUAAAAUCGCUGAUUUAGGAUGUUGAGAGCUCUAGCGAGGACAGCUGCCAAUGUAGCUGUUCAAACUCUCACGAAGAAACCUUUUGCGGUGUCGCUUGUGCCUCAACAACGCCAAUUCAGCGUUUUAUCGUCCUUCAUUUCUUCAAAUCCCGCAUCUUCGUUGCUCAGCAAGACUUCUCUGCCGCUUCAGGAUCAAUCGCGCACCGUAACGAAGUUUUCGCGCACGCAUGGCAAGCGGAAAACCAUUAGAGCUGUCGUAAAACGUUUCAAACGUCUCGACUGGGGCAUCUGGAUUCGCACGAGAACAGGACGCUUCAAUAGUUUGUGGAAAAAAUCGUGGAAUCGUCGUGCCCGCUUGAAGCAACAUUGCUUCGUUAAUGGCACGCAAUCGUACUUUUUGGACAAAUGUGUGACAAAAUUCUGGCGCCGACCGAAAUACUACGUCGAUGACAUUUAUGCGCCGUAUCACCAACGACCCGAGUUCUUUGUCACGAACAAAUCGAAAAUUAUCAAGUAGUUUCGUUAAAAUUUUGCAAAUUUAUUAGGGUAUUCACAAUAAAAAGUACAUUUUAGUCCGAAA